GUGCCGCGGGAAGGGGAGGUCUGAAUUCACAGAGGCAGAACCACAGGCCCUGAGCACCUCGGCCUCUCUCACGUCUCCAGGCUCCAGACCCCAGGCCGCCCUACUUUCCUGGAACAUUCCUCCGUUUAGCAGAGGACAGAAUCAUCGUGAGCCCUCAACCCAACUCACUUCCUGCCAGAGUCCACCCCACAGCCAGCACGUGACCUGGGACAAUUCUGGGUCACUUUCCCUCCACUGCCGAGUGGAGUUCCUUUCUACCAGCUUCUUCACUUGCCAGGGCAUAAGCACAGACGGCCGCUGGCUCUCAGGCAGCCCUCAGCUGUUCACCGUGAGCCUGUGGAUGCCGCUCAAGAUGUCCCCUUUUGGUUGCUGGGGCCUGCCCGCCGCCCUUCUCGCCCUGUUCUGCUGCCCAGGGUCUGGUGAGACGUUCGAGGUACACAUGUAUCCAGAGCAGCUGGUGGUGGAGCCCGGAGGGUCCACGUUGAUCAACUGUAGUACCAGCUGUGCCCUGCCUGACACCAGUGGCCUGGAAACCACUCUAACCAAGAGUCUGGUGGCCAGUGGAACUCAGUGGAAGCAGUACUUGGUCUCCAAUGUCUCCCAGGACACAAUCAUCUACUGCUACUUCACCUGCUUCAGGAAGCAGAAGUUAAAGAGUCUCAACGUCAGCGUGUUCUACCCUCCAAAGGAAGUGCUGCUGAAGCUGAAGCCCACUCGGGUGGCUGUGGGGGGAUCCUUCACCAUCGAGUGCCGGGUGCCCAAUGUGGCACCUCUUGAGAGCCUCACUCUCACCCUGCUCCGUGGCAAGGAGGCCAUGCGCAACAAGACCUUUAGGACGAUGGCACUUGCCCCCCAAGAGGCCACAGUCACACAUAAUGCCACAGCUCAUAAGGAAGACGGCCGCCACAACUUCUCCUGCCGGGCAGACCUGGACCUGCGGUCUCUUGGUGGGGACAUCAUUCACGGUGUCUCAGAGCCCCAGACGCUCAAGGUCUAUGAGCCCAUGCCAGACAACCAGAUGGUCGUCAUCAUCACAGUGGUGUCCGUGCUGCUGUUCCUGUUUGUGACAUCUAUCCUCCUGUGCUUUGUCUUCGGCCAGCAUUGGCGCCAGAGGCAGAUGGGCGCCUACAGGGUACAAGGUGCUUAAAGGGGCCCGAGUCGGGCCUACUGGGCGCAGCCUACAUGAGUGGCACGGUCACCACCACGGCAGCCACUGGAAGUCAGCGUGGCUCCUCAGGGUUGUGGUCCAGCCCUGGCUGCAGGACUCUAAGGAGCAGCAGAGGACUUUGGGACCAUUUCCUCUUCUAGUCUAAAUAUAAAUACCUGGACUUAACCCUGGGCCUCAGUGUCUCCUGGGAUAGAACUCAGCAGCUGGGAAGGGUACCCACCAGGCCCAGACUCCUCUCUCCAAAUGUCUCCUAAGUCUCCCUCCGCCCAUUCAUUCACAGGGGCCUUCUAGAGCGCCAGCCAGCCCAGACCCUGGGGUGCCCGCCUGCUGACCAGCCCAGGCACCAGACACCCAUUCUCACGGGGCCCCGAGUGACUAACUUCUCCUGAGGGAGGGUGGGGCAGAGAGACGUUCUCUUCCUUCUUGGCCCUCUGGAACCUCAGGCCACUCCCACUGGGAGCGGGACAGGGCUCUGGCUUCUCCUUUCUGCCACAAGAACCAGCUUCCUGGGGUGAGGGUGGGGCCCAAGGGAACUGGCUCAGCUCCAGGACCUUUGAGCCAGGCCUCUCC